UGUAACUUUGCGCGCCUAGCCAACGACCGCGUUUGUCCGCUUCUCUGCAUUGUGGCCGGCGCCGCCUAACAACAGCAGCCGACCUUGUCACGACACAAACUCACUGCGGUCCAUCAAACAACAAACAUCACACCCCGACGAGCCAGAAACUUCGCGCUCAGACAUCUUGCCCGACAGGGCCGAGACCGAGACCCGAUCCAGGCCCGCCAGCCUUGCCUGACGAUGCAGCUCACAAGCUCACCGGCCUGAUUCAAACGCGAGCAACACAAAGAAGCAGGAUGGCGCCUCCUCGCACUCGCAGCCGCAAGGCUAGUGCUGCUGCCACCAGCGCCAUUGAUUCGAUCGAGAGUGACUCUGGCGACGACUUUGCCCAUGACGCCGAACGCUUUGCCAAAGCACUGGAUCUGCUGUCGGUUUCGAGACGCUCGCCGACAGAGAAGCGCACCGAGAUCCUGCUCCUCGUCGACACUUACUACCAGUAUGCCGCCGAGAGGGUUCACAUGCUGCGCCAGUCCUUGCGCAGCUCCUCCGAGCAUGCCCGUCAUCGCUUGGACGACGCCUCCAGCCAAGACUCGAUGGAUCUCGACGAAAUGGAGCAGGGUGCCGAUGCCCAAGACAUGGCCCAAAGGCAGCAAAAGCUCAAACACUGGGAGCUCGAGGCGCAGACAUGGGACAUGCUUAGGCGCCUGCUGCCGCUUCGCUUCGCUCACCGCAGCGAAGUGAACAAGUCAUUUCGUCGCGACUCUUCGCGGUUCCGCAGCACCGCCGAUUUAUGGCAAGAAUUCAUCGAAACUGACACGCUGGCACAAGAGCGCAAGGCCGUACUCGAAUCCCUCCAAAGCCACGCGGACACGACAAAAUUGGACAUUGACGAGCUUGUCAAAGAGUACCAGCAAAGAGCCGAUCGUGGCGAUAUUAUUGCCUUUGGGUGGUUGCAUACCCGAUCUGCUAUCAAGUUACACAAAAGCGCAACCGGGUACGCCGGACCCUUGGAUCCUCACGCGAGCGAAGGGAGUCAAUUGCUUGAUUCCAAUGGGGCCGACCCUCUGGUUACCCAACUAGACCCAGACGUUGCCACAAGGCAGGGUCGAAAACUUGAGCCACAAGACGCCUAUUUCGAGCGGGCAAUCUGGCUGGGCUGCUAUCACUUGCUACGGCGUGGGCGCAGCAUGGACGAGAUUCGAGACUGGUGUGUCGAGCGAACCGAGGUCUGGAGAGCCGUCAGUAUGUCGGCUAUGCCACUGGCGAGGGCAGGGAGCGAACGAACUUCCGCGCAAGAUCCGCUGUCAGCUCUACUGUGGCGCCGCACAUGCUUCGCGCUGGCGCGGCAAGGUGGCACAGACGAUCAUGAACGCGCAGUAUACGGUAUCUUGUCCGGUGACAUUCCGAGUGUUGAGAAGAUAUGUGACGACUGGGACGACCACGUCUUCGCCCACUAUAACGCGCUCCUUCGAGCACAAUUUGACGCAUUCAUGAUGAAUCGCUGCGCCACAGAUGCCACGGCAUCCAUCACACAAUCUCUCCCUUCCUUCAAUGCCGUUCAGUUCCACGGCGAUGCUGCUUCGGCAGCAGAACGUCUUGUUUCAGCUCUGCAGACCAAUCCCAAGACCUCUGCAGAAGCUGGGAGCCCGAUAAAGGCCCUCCAGGGCGCCAUAAUCUCCCACAAGUUAGACCAACACAUCUUUGAGCUUGGCUUGGCGCUGGGCCAACAAGCCAACGAACAUGGUCCCUCGGCCCUCAUUCCAAGCUUUGGCGCCCCGAGUACACAUGGUGCCGCUACCUCCUUAUCUCUUGACAAUCACGAUGGGCUGCGACUGCUCGCUCACGUCUUCCUCAUAGUGUCCAGUUUGGAAGAACUGCAAGGCACCAGGUUGACACAGUCAACAGAUCGGCGGAAGGCCCAGGAGAAUGUCCUAUCAGCAUACGUAAGCGCCCUGCGGCUGAACAAGCUGGUCGAGCUCAUUCCCCUGUAUUGUGCGAAACUGCAGGGUGAACGAGCGUUCUUCACACUCAGCAGGAACAUCAGCAAGGUGGACGACACCAACGAACGGCAGAUGCUGCUCAGAAUCAUGGAGAAGCUGGGCAUGGACAUCGCCAAGUUUGUCGUGUUCCAGCCCUCGUCUCUCUUGCAACAGCACCCUCUAGAUGUUGAAACCCAAGGACCGGCGCUGGGUAGACUGUCUAUCUUCCUGUCUGAGCCUCCGUCACUGAAAUAUGGCCGGCCGCUGAAGCCGGACUUCUUUGGCGAGCUCCCUGAUCAACUGAACGACGUUGAUGAACAACUCAUCCAGUCACUGGAGUGGUUCCUGCUUGUUGACGGCUUAUGGGACGAGAUUUUCCAUUUCGGAACUGCCAUUUACAAGCGGUUUCUUAGGAGCUUUAACCUUCAUGCCGCUCGUGCACUGGCUGAUCGUGUGCCCUGUUCUGCCAUCUUCCAGAGGAAGGCUGGCGUCAACGUGUCCGACGACAAAGACAUUUCAUGGUUCGAGGAGAUUCGCCUGAGCGCCUCGAACGGUGUCUUGGAAGAUAGCGAACUUAAUGAUGAUGACAUCGUCACCGCACGUAACUUCUUCGAAAUGGAGUGUCUUGUAAGGACACUGGAUGCGAUGGAAACCGUCGCCUCCAGCGAAGGUUUGGCGCGAGAAUCGACCGAGGAAAUGAAGCUCAAUCGAGAAUUCUGGGCCCAGGUGGGCGAAUCUGUGAAACAAGUCAAGAGCUUCAUUCAACCUGUAUUGAACCAGUGGCUGAUGGAGAGCAUUGAAGUGGACGAGGACUACUCUGGUCUUCGCGAGGCAUACAUCCCUGAAGUAGUCAUUGGCUACGUGAGCGUGCUGCACUUCGCAGGCACAAGCCUAUCUCGCGACAACCUCCUAGAGUGCAUGGAGCUUGCGGCAACGAUAGCAAGAAAGGACGCGGAUGUGCAGGACGUGCUCAUGAAAUGCGGUCGCAUGAAAGAAAUUGUUGAAGGCUUCGCGAACUGCAGCAAGGCCCUUGCUAUCAGCGGUGGCGACAAGAAGGGAUCUGGAGGCGGUAGUAAGAGGAUGCGUGAGAUGGGUUGGACUCGGGAGCUGUGGACAGUAAGACGGUGAAGAGAUAGCGAACUCGUCCUUGGUGGGAAGAAGAUCUACUAGAAGCUGCACGUCCUGGUCAAGUUGCGUGCAUUAAUACUAGACUUGCGCAAUUGAAGUUGUGGCUCCCUUCGGUUUGUCGGCCGGCAAAGGAGAGCAUGGAAAAGCCACGAGGUCGGGAAGCUUGGCACUACGACAUGGCAUGGCGGAUCGCUUGAAGAACGAAGAAUGAUUGUCCCGAGUAUAACACGUAUUUUGCAAGGGCAGCGGAGCGAGUCUAUAUUGUGAACAACGAUAUAAUAAAUUGAUGA